AUGGCUGCGUCAUCCUUAUCCAAUCCAUCCGGUUUCUCCGGGAUUUCCUCCUCCUCCAUGAUGUUCCCCUCUCCUCUCCCUCGUGCCACGUCAGCACUGAGCAGCUCGUUUUCAUCGAGGCGCAGUGAUCCGCUUCUCGGUUUUCCGGAGCUGCGAGUGUCGCCUGCGACAUGCGACAGUAGAAGCGUGGUAUCUGCGACAGCAAGCAGUCGCAUCAACAGAAGCUCUCCUAUAGGCACUCAAUUUGGACAAUUGUCCCCUCAACUUCCCUCGCAAUCUUUCAUCCUUCCGGUCCGUUCGUUACAAUCACGUCAGCAGCACUCACAGCCUCGGCGUCUCCCACCUGCGGGUGCUUUUAGCGAUGGCAACCAACCAGGGUACCCGUAUUCCUUCACUCGCGUUCCUAGCGAGGCGUCCUUUAGCGCGGACGGCUCGUGGCCGGAUAACUACAGGGUUUGGGAGAACGGCGGCGGAUUGGUCCACGUGGAGGCGGUGGUUGACAGCUCAGCAGUGAUCGAACCGUCCGCUGUGGUCCAUGCGGAGGCUCGGAUUGGCGCGAAAACGAGGAUCGGAUCAGGGUCGGUGGUGGGGCCGUACGUGAAAAUAGGCGAGGAGACUAUUGUAUGGUACAAUGUAUCGCUGACGAAUUGCACGGUCGGAGAUCGCUGCGUUUUCCACAACGGCGUGCAGAUCGGGCAGGAUGGGUUUGGUUUCUUUGUGGACGAAUCCGGCAACAUGGUCAAGAAGCCACAGACGCUGGGGGUGCAGAUAGGCAGCGAUGUGGAGAUGGGCGCAAACACAUGCGUGGACAGGGGCAGCUGGAGGGACACACAGAUUGGUGACUUCGUGAAGAUUGAUAACCUUGUGCAGAUCGGUCACAAUGUGGUCAUCGGUCGCUGCUGCAUCAUCUGCGGUCAAACCGGCAUUGGCGGCUCGUCCACUCUGGGCAACUACGUGGUGCUGGCAGGGCAAGUGGGCGUGGCGGAUCAUGUCACCAUAGCAGAUAAGGUGCGGGUGGCAGCCAAGUCAGGAGUGGCAUCGGACAUCAAGAAGCCAGGGACUAUGCGGGCUUCCCCACG